AUGUGGGCUAUGCAUUCAUAAACAUGCUAUCUCCUUCUCACAUUAUUCUAUUCUAUGAGACUUUUAAUGGAAAGAAGUGGGAGAAGUUCAAUAGCGAGAAGGUUGCUUCAUUGGCUUAUGCCAGAAUCCAGGGACAAGCAGCCCUCAUUGCCCACUUCCAGAAUUCAAGUUUGAUGAAUGAAGACAAACGUUGCCGGCCUAUUCUCUUCCAUUCAGAGGGCUCAGAGGCUGGUGAUCAGAUCAUCCAGGAACAUCUUCCCUUGAAUGGUUCAAGUAUCCAUGUCCGUCAACCCAAUGGUUCUCACUCAGAUGAUUCUCCAGGAAGUCCUUUAAAGGGCAGCCCAGAUGAGAAACCAGAUAAGAGCUGACAGUAGUGAGAUGGAGGCACAGUUGAAAAUUGUGGCGACUGUGCGCAAUGUUGCAUAUAUUUGAUGUUAGGAAGUAAACUGGAGAAAGAGGGUAGAUGUUGUAUUAUAGUUUGACCUUUCAGAAUUGAAGCAGAAGUAUUUUUGACUGUGAUCAGAACAAUAGUUGCAGAAAGCAUCAUCAGUCACCAGCCUGUACCCCCUCUUGCUCUCCAUUUUUGAGUGUGAGAUUGGAUGAAACAAUCACCACCACCUUUGAUGUUUAUUUCUGUACAUGAGAAAUUAUGUAUUGGGUUGGGGGGUUGGCAUUUUUUUUUCUUCUUGGGUUGGUGAUCAGUGUUCAGUGGAGAGGCUAUCGGCAAAUUGUAUUGAUAGAAAACAGACAGCCUUUGGUUUAUCUGUACUGUUUGGAUAUUCUUAAAAUCAACCUGACAUUGCAAACA